AUGGGUCGUGGCAGGCGAGACAGACGCGGUGACGACCGCCCACGGUGGCAAUCGCCCCCGCGCAGACCUCGAAGUCCCCCAAGACGCGACGACAGGGCCUACCGGCCCAAUGGCGGCGGCGAGUCGUACAGGCCCGGCCGUGAUCGCUCACCCAGACAAAACGGCUAUUCGAAUCGGGCGGGUCCCGGCGACUCGUUCCGCCCGCCUCAGGGCGACUUCACUUUCCGCUCGGGCAACAACGGCCCCAGCUUCCCACCCACAGGCCCGUCAAACGAUCGCUCCGGUCGCGGCGGGAGAAAAGAUCGAGGGCGAGGUGGACGUGGCAGAGGACGAGGCGGUCGAUGGCAGCCCGUGCACCCGUCUGAGCGCGCACUGCUGUCCAGCUCGAUGAACAACCUCCCCUCGGAACCCUUGCACAACCCCGAGGCGGCCGCCAAGUUCCGUGACGUGGAUGCCAUGUCGGAUGAUGACGAAGAAGCUAUGGACAUUUCGGAUCAAUCAGAACACGAGAGCGAGUCGGACGGACCCUCCAAGAAGAGGGCGAGGACGGAGGCUGUCGAAACCAACGGCAACGCCGCGCCCAAGUGGUCGAAUCCCGAUCCGUACACGGCGCUGCCUUGUCCCGACGAUACGCUGCAGAAGAAGCGCGACGUCGUGGCCUUGAUCCGCAAGGCCCGAAUUGAGGAGAAGGCUGUGGACACAGCACCCAAGGAGGCUGAGGAUUUCAUCGCCUUUGAGACGACUGACGAGGAAGAAGAAGGCGAACGCGAGGAAGACGAAGAAGACGAGAGAGAAGAACACAGAGCAUCGCCCAACGCUCCCAAGGGGCCUCACGCAUCAUUGCCUUCGAAACCGCCGCAACCUGCACCGCCGAGGGAACCACCACCACCUCUUCCCGCGGCGCCUCCCCCGCCAGCGCUGCCUGAUCAGCGCGACUCAUCGGGGCCGCUUGGGUCGCGGAAGAGAAAUGCAAACGACGUGAUAAAGGUCCCCGAUUACGGCCAGCUCAAGAAGCCCAACAUGAAGAAGGUGAAUGGGUCUGUCCUACCAAUGUGGGAGGUGAAGCCAGGGGAACCCUCGGCUCCCUGGGCCACAGUCGACCACUCCGGGACGUCCAACGUGGCCUUUAGGCUGCACAAGGAGGUUAUGGAUUUUUACAACUUUGUCAGGCCGCGCCAGUUCGAGCAGCGCAUCCGAGACGAGCUCAUCAAGAACCUGCAAAAGUGCAUGAUGCGGGACGGCAGGAAUUUUUCCGACGCCAAGAUCCAUGCCUUUGGCUCCUUCAUGUCGGGCCUGUAUCUGCCGACGGCUGAUAUGGAUCUGGUCGUCUGCUCCUCGAGCUUUCAGCGCGGCGGGCCGCCACGGUAUCUCAGCGCGCGAAGCUGGCUGUAUAAGUUCCAGAAGCUCCUGGUCUCGCAGAAAGUGGCGGAUCCAGACUCCAUCGAGGUCAUCGCCCAUGCGCGGAUACCGCUGGUCAAAUUCGUCGACAAGGCCACUGCGCUCAAGGUGGAUGUGUCGUUUGAGAACCUGGGUGGCGUGGAGGCGAUCGAUACCUUCUUGCGGUGGAAGGCCAGCUAUCCCGCUAUGCCGAUCCUGGUUACGGUCAUCAAACACUUCCUGCUCAUGAGGGGACUGAACGAACCUGUCAAUGGAGGCAUUGGGGGUUUCUCGGUCAUCUGUCUCGUGGUCAGCAUGCUGCAGCUGAUGCCGCAGGUGCAGAGCCGGAGUCUGAUCCCCGAACACCACCUGGGCGAGAUGCUUCUCGAGUUCCUGGAUCUCUACGGUCGCCAGUUCAACUAUGAGCACAAUGCGAUUUCCCUCACGGGGCGGAUUGGCUAUAUGCCCAAGUCGGAUGUGCGUGGCUUCACUUACAAGAACAGAGAACGCUUGUCCAUCAUUGAUCCCAACAACGACGCAAAUGACAUCUCGGGUGGCUCUAGCAACGUCCCUGCGAUUAUGAGCCGUUUCGAAGACGCCUUCCUCACGCUGCGCGAUCGCAUGAAGGAGGUUGCUUCAAAGAACACUAAAGGUGGCAUUCUCGACACGAUCAUGGCCGGCGACUACUCGUCGUUCGAGGCGCAACGCAACUACCUACGACACGUUCACGAGAAGCAAUUUGGACCUUGCGCAGACUAG